UGAUCGUAGGGAGGAGAACUCUUUGCUAUUUAGAAAAAGGCCCGUCAUUGGUCGAUAUGCUGAGUUCACACUGAACGCAAUUCGUGUGGUGGGGGCGUCCAGUUUCAAUGUCAAGCCAGUGUUAUCGGGGCACAAUGUUUUCAAAGCAUCAACUAUAUGAAGUUUGGCGAAGAAUUUGUCACGUCAACCAAUCAGGGACUCAGCUUUGGCCUGUGACGCUGUGAUGAUGUAAUCAGUGGGUGGAGUCCAAGACCAACAUGGAGGAGAAUUUCAUCAUUGCUCUUCUCUUGAACUUUUAUUUGUAUGGACACAAUACUGAAAUGAUUGCCUAAUUUUACUCUUAUUUUAAUUUUUUCCCUGGACGGACUAAUGCGGGACAGCAGGUCAUCAAACUGGGUCGCACAGAGAAAGCGCCGUCAUUCAGUAGACGGUGAAGCUCGCCGUGCCUUAAUAAACCCAGACACGGAGACGUGAAUUCUUUUGUAGAGCUCCUCACAGUCAACGAACCUGAGCGGUCAGCGACAUUCGUGUCCUCCAUAAUGUAUCUAAAAAUCUUUGACGGCAGCUUCUCCCGCAUUUAAGUAUCGGGCCGCGACUUUUAUGUGCGUCAAAACGGGUAACAGUUGAAUUUGAUACGCAGAUGGUGUUCAGUGUGGACGCAGAAUUAUGCUCUCCCAUUUAUCCUUCUGAGAACCAGAACAUUCAUUUAUGUCCUCCUGGGCUGUUUGUGUCCUUUGACUCAUUUUAAGUUCUCUUCUGAGGCCUAUCGGCGUAAAUAAGGACGUUGUUGUCUUUCUUCUUGGGCACACUUGAUGGAGUCUACAGAGGUCAUCCAUUGUUGUGCUGGUUCUCAGGAGAGUAUUGUCAUGAAAGUUGUCAGUGCAGUUGCUAUUAGCUCCUUCAGUCUGUUGUUUUUAGGAUGUUUAUGGUGGAUAAUUUCAUGUAGUGCACUUAAUUCAGUUAUUGAACACAUCUAUGAAGUCAUGUUGUUAGUUUGUAACAGUGAGUUGUAGCUCAGUUUUGCUUUAGUCUUGUGCAGAGCAAAUAACUGAAGGCUUUUAUUUAUGUUAUUUUAUUUUAUUUCUAAUCUUUUUCAUGAUAUUUUUCUGUAGUUCCAGGUAUUCAAGUUACAAACUGACCCGUCAGAUGCCUCAAUAAAAGUAGGCGGAGCUUGCUGGCCCCUAUUUCCAACAUUCAAAACCUUUGACAGGUUUCAAGUAACCUGCUUUUAUGUGGUAGGGGGUGUGGCCUUCCAACAAGCACACCCCUGAUUGGCCAGAGUAAUAGCCAUAGAAACGGACCAAUCACUGCUAAUCGACUCUGUGUAGCUCCAACAUGGCGGCAUCUGUAUCGUGAAAACAAUUACCGUAAUUGAUUCAUGUAUUAUGUUUGUAGCUCAUAUGGUUAUAUAUUUAUUUAUUAUUCCCAAAUACUACAUCGCUCGACGGCCUCCGAUAUUAUCCUUCAAUGUUUCUGAAUGUACAUAUUUUUGACAUUACAUAUUUGAGGUUUUUCUAAAUUUUACAUUUACUCUUAAGUUUAAAACUAAGCCAUUUUCUGCUAAUGCAUCACACUCAUCCAGUUCUGGUAUUCAGAGAAUAGUUGCAUCAAACGCAUGUCUUCAUAUCUGCAGUAUUACAGUGGAAUUAGAUGAUUGAGGUGUUUGUUCCUGUAGUGGUUGGAUAGCUUCUACCAUGAACAGCUGCUUCAUUCAUGCUCUUGACUUCGAUCAGUAACUCAGAACAAUCUUUUCCGCAUCAGUUUGACGCCGUUUUGGCUCAUGAGGAAAUGUUCAAAGAAGUGGGCCAGUUCUCGCCCCACUUUCCGUCUCACGGCGCUGUUUGGCCGUGCGGUUUAGCUGUCGGUGCUGGACUCAGGCUGUCGCUCUGCUGUGUUCCUGUCAGCGCUGCAACACCUUCACCUCAUUUUCUCACAGUUCCCCAGGUCUUAAGGGUUCUCCCUCACUUCGGUGUUGAUCUGCCAUUGGACUUUCUCUCUGCUAUUUAGAUGAAGACGACUUUAGAAUUGAGAGCAAAUUAAAAAAAUGUCUCCGAAGCUGCUGUGGAGAACCUUGACCUGGUUCAUUCUGUAAUUGAGCAAAACGUUAAAGCAGAGAGAAAAAUCUGUGCAUAGACUAACAUCUCCAGGUACGGUAUCGCCGGGAGCACUCUUCAGGACGCCAGCUGCCUUUUUUCCCACUGCUGGAAGACCUGAUGAGGGACGUUUGCGAUGGAGCUGCGCUCCUCGCCGUGGUUCAUUACUACUGCCCAGACAUCAUGAAGCUGGAGGACAUUUGCCUGAAAGAAGUUCCUUCCAUUGCCGACUGCCUGUACAACAUCCAGCUUCUCAGAGAAUUUGCCACUGAAUACCUGAAUAAAAGCUGCUACCUGACUGUGGAAGACAUGCUCUACUCACCCCUUGUGCUCAAGCAUAAUGUAAUGGUGUUCAUCGCUGAACUUUUCUGGUGGUUUGAGACGGUCAAACCUGAGUUUGUUCAGCCCAGAGAUCUGCAGGAGUUUAAAGAUGCGCGAGCCAUCGCUCAUCCCAAGAGUGCCCGUCCAUCAGUGCCCAUCUCCAACGCCACCAAGCGCAGCUUCCUGGCCAGCCCCGGCGUGGCCGACAACCAGAGCAGCCCUGAAGUCUGUAACAGGUACUUCCUGCAUCCUGCAGACUCUGAGCCCCUUAAGGGGGGUCCAACCUUCAGCCCCUCUCACCCACUCCUACCCCUGAGGCAGCGGCAACAAAGGCAGCAAGGAGAGGACGUUUCAGGUCUGAGAAACCGUUCAAACUCCCUGACUCAGAUGGAUGCUCAUCACUCCAGAGGUUCAGGUGUGGCGUGGCCCGAUAAGAGGCAAAGUCGACCUCUUUCCACGCUGAGCCCCUUCGCUCUGCACUCAGCCACAGACAGCGAUGCCGACCGCGCCUCUGGUGACAGCGUGAGUCUGGCUCGCUCCAUCAGCAAGGACAGCUUGGCUUCCAGUGUCGCCAACGUCACCCCCAAACAUCAGACGUCCUUCCACCAACCGCCACACGCUGCUUUGCGCAGAGUGAACGGCCACGGCUUGCUGAGCAACGUUAGCUUGGAGGGCGAGGAGGAAGCCAUGCUGGCCGUCACCAGAACCGAUGCGUCUGUCCUGCCUAGACUGGCUGAAACUGCCCCAGCAGGACCCAAACCCCCCUCGGACUCCAAACCCGCAGAAGAUGGCUUUUACCUUGAACCGCUAAUGCCUGCCGUUCUGAAAACGGCUAAAGAGAAGUCUGUAUGUCUGAACAAGGAAGAGGAGAGCGGCGAGGUGCUUCGGUCUGCAGAAAGGGGCUCUUUCCGGCGAGGAGACGGAUCUGCCGCAGCUGUUCGGAGGAAAGCUCCUUCCGGACUGAACCAGACUUUUGAGAAAGAAGAGUUGGUGGAACCGCCGCCGCCGGCCGGUUUCAGACCAGCUGUCGCCAGCAGUGUCGACUCCUCCUCCUCCUCUUCCAGGGAGCCAGCAGAAGGCUUUUACCUUCAUUCUGAUUCUGAGGAACAGAAGUACGGGGCUGAAAUGGAAGACCUUAAUGAGGAGGAAGAGGAUCUGGAUGAAGCUCUCACCACAAAAGGCUCACACUGUCCGAGGAAGGAGUACAUUGAGGAGGCCGAAGAGGAAGAGUCGGCCAAGCUUCAAGAGGACUUGAAUCUGAAGGAGCACGAGGACAAAGACCUGAACGGCGGCAGCGGCCGCUCCAGCCCUUGUCUCAGCACGCACUCGCAGGCCAGCAGCCUUGCCAGUGGAAGCGUGCGGAUGACUUCCUUUGCCGAGCGGAAAGCCCAUCAGCAGCGCUUUGGCAGCAACCACGACCUGCGCUCCAGUGCCUCCAGCUCCCAGAGGACCACUCCGGACGGGUCAGAGAGCAGCGGGCCGCUCGCCUCCUCCUGGAGGCUCAGAAGAGACCAGAGCCCCUCCUCUCCGCUGGGAGGGUGCGCUCGUGCAGGCGACGGUGGCGCCAACGUUCUGGCGUCUGAGAUCAUCCAGCUCCGCAUGCAGCUGGAGGAGAAGCGGCGUGCGAUCGAGCAUCAGAAGAAGAAGAUGGAAGUGCUGUCGGCGAGACAGAGGCAGAAGCUGGGAAAAGCCGCGUUUUUGCACAUCGUAAAAAAAGGCGGCGGGAAGAGCGACACUCUACCCAACCCGCUUAAGGCUGACAUCUGCAAAGACGAGUUCAACGGAGAGAAGGAAGCUUUGAGCAAAGACGACACCUGCGUUGACGUCCUGAGAGGAGAGAAAGGAGCAGAGCAGGCCGGCUCUCUGGGGGCUUUGGGAGCGGACAAAAGAGGAAACGGUGGAAGCUUCUACCUGGAGGAGGAGCUAGACCUGAACGAAUGCAGCCGCUCCAUCGAGCUGCUGAACGAAGCCAUCGGCAGCAUCCAGCAGCAGAUGAUGCAGCUGUCCCUGCAGCAGGAGGUGCUGAUGCGGCAGAACACGCAGUCCCCGUCGGGCGCUGCUCCGCCCCUUCCUCACCCCACUGACAAAAACGGCAAGGUGGGGGGCGGCUUUCAUUUUGUGGAGCACCACUCCGGUGCCGGGGGGUCUCAAACCAGGAAACCCCCCAAACUGACCUCAAGCAAGAGCUCCAGGUCCAAACCAUCAGAACUGAAGAUAAGCAAAGAGCAGAGCCAGCAGAGCCGGCCGACCUCCAGGACCCCGACCCAGAGCAGGUCGGAGACGUUACCGAACCCGAGGCAGUUAUCUGGGGGCAGGUCCCCCAGGACAGACCAGCCCGACAGCCCCAGAAACCCCACAGCUGCAGCGACAAUCGACAGACCGGGGUCCGGCCACGCCAGGACCGCCACCUUCCGCCUCCACGACGAGGCGAACAUGCGGCUGCCGACCCGAGUGGAUCUGACUUCAGUGUCAGUAGAAGGUCCACAGAGCUCCCCGAGAGAGUCCGAGCUCCACUCCGCCGACGGUUCUGGGAAGGAGAACGUUCCGUCUGAGGAGGGGCAGCGCAGCAAGACCCAUCUAAUAGAAGUGGAUCUGUCCGAGCUGAAGGCCCCCGAGGAAGAUGAGGGUGCUGAGGAUGGAACAGCAGAAGAGGCUGAUGGAGAGCAGAAGUCUGGUUUGGGAUUUUUCUUCAAGGACGAACAGAAAGCUGAGGAUGAACUUGCUAAGAAGAGAGCGGCGUUCCUGUUGAAGCAGCAGAAGAAAGCCGAGGAGGCCCGACUCCGGAAACAACAGCUAGAGGCAGAAUCUGAACUCAAACGAGACGAAGCCAGACGGAAAGCCGAGGAGGACCGUUUGCGUAAAGAGGAGGAGAAGACGCGGCGGGAGCUCAUCAAACAGGAGUAUCUGCGGAGGAAGCAGCAGGAGAUAUUUGAGGAGCAAGGCCUGGCCAAACCCAAAACCCCCAGACCCAAGCAAAAACACAAACACAAGGCCGUCCUCCGAGAGGAAUCCUCCAUCGAAAGCUUCUCCAAGUGCCCUUCCACACCUGAUAACUUGAUCACGGCUCAGUCGGGCUCCAGUCUGUCUUUGGCCUCCGCGGCGACCAAUGAGGCGGACAGCGUCAACUCUGGGGGCGGGGGCUCUCAGCGCUGCGACUCCGUGGAGUCGUUUCCAGGAAGUCGGAACAACAGCCGAGCCGCAGAGAGAGACUGGGACAACGGCUCCACGGCGUCCUCCAUCACCUCCAUGGCUGAAUACACGGGUCCCAAACUCUUUAAGGAGCCCAGUGCCAAAUCCAACAAACCCAUCAUCCACAACGCCAUCUCUCACUGUUGUCUGGCUGGCAAAGUCAACGAGCCCCAGAAGAACCAGAUUCUGGAGGAGUUGGAAAAGUGCGAGUCCAACCACCUGAUGAUCCUGUUCCGGGACGGCGGUUGCCAGUUCCGGGCGCUCUACUCCUACUUCCCCGACACCGAGGAGAUCCAGAAGCUGACGGGCACCGGGCCCAAGAGCAUCAGCAAGAAGAUGAUCGACAAGCUGUACAAGUACAACUCGGACCGAAAGCAGUUCACAGUCAUCCCCGCCAAAACGGUGUCCGUCAGCGUGGACGCCCUGACCAUCCACAACCACCUGUGGCAAGCCAAGAGAGGCACCGUGCCAAAGAAGAGCGGGAAGUAGCAGGUGGAUGCAGAUGUGCCGCCGUCUUCCUGUCUGCGUCUCGCUUGUUUCCUGAAUGAACUGUUGAAGCUCUCAGAGUUCACACCCGGGCGCCCUUGAGCAUCUCCGCCGGCGUUUGAUAGAUCCCGACCCAAACAGAAUCCUUUCAUCCGAAUCUUUGAAGCUAGCAUGUGGCAUUCUGGUCCUUUUCCCCGGAUGAACCUGUUGGUUCGGCGCCGUCGCGGUUCCAGCCGCAGCAGUUCUUCUUCCUUCUGUUCCGGACGCAUCUCCACUUUGGAUGAAUCUGGACUCCCACUUUUGUACAGCCCCAAAGAACUCCAGACUCCUCUGCUGUCCCGGCAACCAUCGCCCCCCGCGUCAACGCUCACAUCCCUCAAAUCAGACUGGCAUCGCCGAUUUCUGCCUCACCAGGGAUCUCCGGGCACCCGCAGCUCCGGACCGUCUUCUCCAGCCUGGGGUGGGGCGGGGGGGUGGGGGGGGGACACAUCUCUCUCAUAUCUCUUGGCCUUUUCGCGCAUCGUGGUACUUGAUUUAAUUUAUUCAACCGCUUUUUAAACUAGAUGCUGAUCGUGUAGCACUGGAUGUGUGUACUGCAAAAAACAUCAACAAGGGUUAUUUUUAAAAGAACUUUUGGGUUCAAACAUCCUGUUUUUAAGGGUGCCUGGGGGGUGGGGUGGGGGGGCGUAAGCUUUGGUACAUCAUUCUCGCGUUGUGUUCCCAUCAUGCCGGCUGUUCUCUGACCUUUAGAGCUUCGUUGUGGUUUCUGUCCACCGGGACGCUGGGAUUGUCCUGAAGAGUCGGCGCACUCAUGGACACUUGUUUGCCCCCUCCCCUCAGUGUUGUUCUGCCGUCUUCAUCCGCCGCCGUGAAGGGACGCCGCUCCGACCCGCUCCCAUGACAGUAUUUGAUCCCCGCGGCUGGGCGGGGUCUGUGUCUGCGCGGCGGCGUUGUGGUUGAGUUGUGUACCGACAUUAAAGAAGGUUCCCCCAAAGCCUUGACGGACGCCUGUCUGUGUUCUCACUGCAAAGGGGGAAGUGCUUUGUUUUCCUGGAAGCGGGGGCCUCCAGAACGGGCGCUGCACGAGCACUUUUCCCUGCAGACCGCUUCACGCCGAGCUCUGAAGCCGGUCUGACACUACUGCUGUCUCCAAAAACCACUCCACUCCUGAUUUGCUGCAUUUGGGUGUUUGUGGGGGGGUUAUGGUAGAUCUGUACCAGAGUAUUUUUAUGUUCACUAAAAGAUUGUAUUAGCUCACCGUUUUUGCUACACUUGUGGACUUCUCAUCCGUGCGGAUUUUACUGUUGAUCCCAUCUAUUUAUUUUACAAUGAAAGCACUGACAUCAGUUUUCAACUUAAUAAAAGUCACGAUUUUUUA